GCCACUCGGCAAUAAUUACGAACUCGAGGACGGGUGCUGUUGACUCCCGACUUUCCGAGUCCCGCCUCCGGAGCUAAGGAGCCCAGGGGACUCCGGGGACUCGAGGCUGCUGCAACUUCUGCCGGGCUCGAUCGUGUGUUUUUCUUUGUAUCGUAGCUGGCUGGCGUUGCGGUGUGGCGGCGGCGACCUGUCAGAGGAGCGAAGCCAGGUCGUAAUUGGCUUACGUUGUACCACGUGGUGCGAUCGGCUUGGAGGGGAUUGGUCGUCGGUCCGGAGGCGAAAGCAGUUUUGUUCUAGUAUUUACCGUAGAGUAAACUGACUUUACUCUCCGGUUUACGUUUAUUGUUUGUGGCAUUUGACAGCCACGGCGCGACGGCCGACUCCCGAGGGUCGCGGGGCUUGCAUAUGGCCUGCGAAGUUGCAACAGGUGUGGUUUACGGUUUAUCGGUGAUACGUUUCGGGUGUGCGAUUAAAAUGGCGAUUAGUGAGUGAAAACAAUAGCCUCGUAACGAAACGUAGGGGGAACCGGUGAACGAACGCCGAUCGUCGAAAAAACAAGUGAUAGCGCGAGCAGUCUCGGCGAUGAUGCGGUCGGUCACGUAGCGCCCCUAGGAAACGAGUCGAGGAAUGCGUCUCGAUGCAUGGAACGCAGCAGGAGAGAUGAACGAAGCAACGAGUAAAUCGGGGGCCCUGCAGGAAACGACGUCGGGCUCACCCUCAGCUUCGGAUACGGGGAUGGAACUAGGACUGAAUUCGUGGUUUCCGGCCUACGGUUUCCACGCUCCUCAGCUCCAGCUGCAGAUACACGCGGCCACCCAUUACCAGCCCAACUUUCAACCCACGCACGAAGAUACGUCACGCUCCAACGAUACCUUGCUGGUGCAACAGGUUGAAUUUUUGGAGACGAUCUUGGAAGAAACGUCCGAUGAUCUACAGAGCGACUCCGACCGGAGCGGCACGGCCUACUGGCUCGGAUCCGAUUCGGAAACCGAAAGUGUCAUCCAUGUACGAGCUCGUCACACGGAAGAAAAAUUGGACGGCAGUGGAAGCGACUGUAAUUCGGUGGUGCCGAAGAAACGCCGUAGGAAAAACUGCAACGAGGACGACGAGGACGCGGUGAUGAUGUACGGGGACGACGAGGAGGAGGAAGAAGAGGAAGAGGAAGAGGAGGAGGAGAGGGACGAAGAUUACUCGUCCUCGUCCAGGUCGAGUUCUUUGCUACAAUUCGAAACUCUGGAACGGAACUGCGCCACCACCUGCAGGGACUCGCCUUCCAGCUACAGUUUCGACUCGCUGGACUUCGCGAGUCGCCGGUGCAACGCGAAUUUCGGUAACACGUCACCCGACAGUCUCGAGGGUCGGAGCGUGGACAGCGAAAACGUGCAGAUCGCGACGAACGGCGUCGGUUCCGCUCUGGGUAGGGAACGGCUGGCCAACGGGGUGCCGAAAAUCAGACCUUAUCGCAGUUUCGAAAGUCUAGACACCUGCCAGAAGCUAGACGAACCUGGACACCCGAACGGCGUGUUCGGCGCGUUGUACGCCACGGGAAAAACGCGGAAUCAUUCGACGUACGACGACGACGAGGAGGACGAGGAGGACGAGGAGGGAUACGACGAAUACGACGAUGUUGACGUACGAGUAUCUCGUGGACGACGCUUAGCCGCCGCACGUGACAGAGACUUUUGGCACCGAGGAUCCGACGAAGACGACGAGGAUCCGUCCGAGUUCGAGAGCUUCGGGGACAGAGCGGGCUUCGGUGCGGAUGCCCCUUUGGGCUACUCCACGUCGCUGGACCGUCGCAAUAUCAUCGAUCUGCGGGAGAUCGGCAUCGAGACAAAGCGUGACGCUAUGUUCGACUUGAGAUCCGGCCAAGCCGUGGCCUCAGCCGCCGCUCUGAUGCAGAGCCGGAUAAAUAUAGCGGGUGCCAUGGGCCGCGGCGGCGGCGGCGGCGGAGGCGGAGGCGGAGGCGGCGGUAGUUCAGCCGGCCAACAAGGGUGGAGCGAACAGGCUUUUAAUUUUAGAUUCACGGAUAAAUCUCAGAGCGUACCCAGUCUGGCCACCGACGUCUCCACGCACGGUGGAUCGUCGCGUCGUUGCAGUAUAUCGCCGUCGCAAUUGCACUUCGAAGCGCAGGACUUUGAGAACUUCGUUCAGGUGUCGAGUGUCCCGGUCGGGCUUCAUCUCUGCGGGCUGGCGACCCACGAUGCGCAUCGGGCGUCGUCCGAGCACACCGAUCACGAAAUGGCGGACCUCCCCGGGGCCGACGACGCUCCGCCGGAGCAACGGGGCGAGGAGCCCGAGCAGCAGCCGCGGCCGAUCACAUCGACGGUGAGGACGCAGGACAGGACGGAGACGAACGUCCUCCUGGUUCCCGUACCGAUGACGGAGGACCGCGACGUCGACGGUAUCGUCGACGAGGCGAUAAGGCAGUUCAAACGGGAGGUCGAACUGGCCCAGGAGGACGCGGGGCCCUCGUCGGACGCGGGGAGUUUCAAACAACGCGCCAGGCGGGUGAAAAAUAACGCGAGCUACGAACUUGCGCAACAAUCCGAGGUGGACGACGAGCAGCUGGCGCGAAGGAUGCCGCCUCGCGACGAUCUGGAAGACGGAGCGCCGCGACCUACGCCCAGACGUAGGAUUCGCAACAACGCCAGUUACGAGCUGGCGCAACAGUUCGAUUACGUAAGGGCGAUCGCCGGGCAACGGCAAUUCCAGCGUAUGGACGCGUGCGACGAACUGGAGGAGCCCGCCGCCUCGAUCUCCGGGUCGCCGACCGGUCGGGGGUUGAAGGUCGCGGAGCUCGUGGAGGAGAUGAGCAAGGGGUACGCAACCACCGGGUCCGCGAUGAAUCUCGCAUCCGUCAACGGUUUCGCACCGCCGCGCGACGCCCGCGUUUACUCGAAAUCGAGCGAGAACGUGUCGGAGCGGAGCAGACUCGCCGUACGCGACGAUCGCGUCCAAGGUCGCGGCAGGACGGAGCAAAAGAAGCGGGCGAAAGCGUUCGCCGGGGACGACGCGGAACCGGAUUCGGUACUUGGUCGGAUAAAAAAAAACUCGGAUUCAUUUUCAACGCUUGGAGAAAGUGCUAGCGCACCGACCCCCGCUAACGACGGAUCAUUAGACGCAACUUAUUUACAAAGUAAACCCACCGACGAGCCCCUAGCCGAUCAUCAUCAUCAUCAUCAUCAUCAUCAUCAUCAUCCUCUACGUAACGUAAACAAUAACAAUAACAAUCACCGCAGUCACGACGACGAGAACAACGAAAACCGUGGCGGUCGUCGCGGCGACGGCGAUCGUCGGCAAGACGAACCGGAAACGGAGAAUAAAACGGACGAGGACAUGGAAUUCGCGGACGACGACUCCGCGGAGGAGGUCGAAGUUGUGGAGAUCGGUGGAAAAAAUUCCCGUCUCAAAGCGAACGCCAACGUGAUCGAGUAUCUGAACGGCGGUAACAACGCGGUAGGUAUGACCGUCAGCAGCACGCCGAAUCUUCACAAGAUGUCGUUCAUCGGUGAAUUUUAUCCGGAGCGAACUAGCGGCGGCGGUCUGCACGGUCGGAGUUCGCGCGACGUGCGCGACUCAGGAACCGACACCGACCCCUUCGUGGACGACGUGGACGAGGGCAUCGGUAGCGUCAAGGACUACGACCGGCUGUUCCACGGCUCGGUGAGAUCGGAGUCGGCGAUCGGCGCCCGAUCGCACCGCGACGUCGACGGUCACCCGGAAGCGGGGCGCCCGGACGACGUCGCCGCUACGUGCGACCGCGUCAACAACGAGAGGCGAUCGAGGGCGGGCAGUUCCACCACUAGCGGAAACACCAGCCUCGGCGAGGGCAGCACGGCCAGUGAAUGGCCGCAGAGACCGGAGGCCGACGAUGUUUACCCCCCACUCGAUCCGCGGGCCGAGCCGCUCCAGCGGAUCGCCAGUCUCAAACGGAGUGGGACCGUCGAGGCGGCGAAACAAACCGGAGCGACAGACGCGAGCGGCGCGUCCCGCGACAUGUCGUCGAAAUUUACGUCGUCAUCCCCCGUAACCGCCGCCGGUCACCACGCGGACGACACCGUCAAAAUGAACGCGGAGAAAAAGCGGGGACUCGGCGGAUUCCUCCAGAGGUUCUCCCGGCUACGGUUCAGUGGACGUUCGAAAGUGCCUAGGUCCGAGUUGUCGAGUAAAAACAGUGACGCGAGACCGAACAACGUUAAAGUGAUCAACAAAUCAGUGCAGGAUAACAAACGAGCGAACAAGGAACCGGACUACGUCAUCAUACCGCUUCACGCGCCCGCCGACGAAACGCGCGACGAACGUCGCCCGCUCGUCGAGACGACGCCGCGGCAACGUCAGGAGGAAACGGGAAAGUCGACCGAUGUACAGAGGAGCGGUUCUAAUCUGAGUUCGAAUUCGCGGUCGGCAAUCUCCAGUAAACCGCCCCUACCGCCUCAACCUCCACGAGCGGGGGCGCUGAGCGCACGUCCACCCUCGGGCUUGGGGUCGCGCAGACGCGCGGCAACUGAUCUCGGAAGCCCGACGGCCAUCGAGAUGGCGAAAGCUCGCGCGAUGCAGGCAGGCUCCGAGCGCCCCGUGGGCCUGCUCGAGACGGACCUCGACGCAGCCGACGUUGCCGAGCCACCCGUCGAUCACCAGGUGGGCGUCGCGACGCCCGCCACCGCCAACAAGAAGACCAGGAGCCUCCUGAAUCUGAAUCACGGUCGGGCCGUUCCGGGAGGACGUAACGUGUUGAACGCACCCCAAUCACCGGGAGGUACCAGCGUCGAGGGCGCCGUUGCCUGCGGACACCAACGCCCCCACAAGUCCAUGGAGUUCCUCCUCGACAAGGAAAACCUACACUUCGUCAAGCCUCCAGAGAACGAGUUGCAGAAAGUCGGCGAACGAGUACCGAGCGAACACGAACUUAGGGUACAGCGUUCCCUUCAGAGGCUCAAUGUCCCCGAUUGGUACAAGAACUCGCCCGCAGCUCGCGAUGGUUUCCGGCUCAAGAGGCAUUCGGAUGCGUCUCAACACGGUGGCUGGCGCACUCUUGGACCGAAAACGACCUCGUUGUCCUCGCUUUCGUCGUCCAACAAACCGCCGGCUGGUCCACUUCUGAGUCCGAGCCCUACACCACCAGUUUUUUCACGAUGGAGUACCAACCUUCUGAACAGCGCGGGCAGUUCUCCGGCGAGUUCGGCGAGGUCUUCGUUCAAUCAUCGACAGCCCUACCUUGGCUGGCGAUCGCAGGAGAGACUCUCAAAUCCCAGGACACCGGCGGAGCGACUCGCCCAAGGGAUACUUCCCAACGUGCCACCUUCGUCCAAUAAGAAACAAGCGACGAGUUUCGGUCCGGCGCAGCAACUCGAGGUGAGGAAUUCGAUAAAGGAAGUGACGUCAGCGAUCGUUCAUUACGUUCAAAGCGGUCAGGAGGUGAACGGUGGACGCCUUUCGCCGCGUCAGGACGAUUGGGAGGACAGGGGUGGCGCCAGGUCGACAAGCCCCAGAGGGAGCGUGAAAUUGUGUUGGAUGGAGAGUUCCUUCGUCGGCAUAAGACCCGUGGACUCCCCAAAAACGCCGAUGAGCCUGUCAGCGGAUCCCGAAUGUUGUGCAAUCUGCAAUUCAACGCCGACUGAACCUUGCACCUGCGUUGAUUCUGCAGCUUCCGGUCUUUUCCUAGACUUAACGCCGGACGGUGGCCAGAAAAUGUCGCCAUCGCCCUCAUCUCAUCAUCACCACCGCCACCAUCGUGAGUCCGAUAGCACGAUGGCCGACACUAGCCAAUUGGGGGAAACAUCACCGCCUUACAACAUGCAGGGUGGCCAGGUUCGUCGUAAAAGUGAAGGGAGCGAUACGUUGCCUAUGAAGAAUGUCUCAAAGUCUUCGAGUCUACGCAAUCGUCGAGUGUCCUUCGAUAAUGUCCAGGAUACAUCGGGGACCUCGCAGUCUCAGCAGCAACAAUUAUUUGAAAAAAUGAUGGUACGUUGUCGGUAUGGAAAAUGCACAAACUCAGUCACAGCUGGUGAAGCACGCCGAAGUUUCAAGACUUGUCAUAACUGCUCGUACGCCUACUGUUCUCGAGAAUGUCGCAGAGCCCACUGGGAGCGACACAGAAGAACAUGCCUCCACUCAAGAGCAGGUACUUUGUGUCGACAAGUACUUUCAUCAGCAAAAAAGGAUGGACAUACUCUUCAGCAUAUUUCUACCCUCGCGCGUCGAGGCUACUGUUCACAUGGCCGUGGAGCAGUAAAGUGUUUUUUCACCAGCCCUGAGUCUGCAGAGAAGUUCAUCAGCAACGGUUUCAUUGAUCUUGGCGAGCCCACCUAUAUCCGGUGGCCAGAUCUGCUUCCAAGUGAAAUGGGUACCGAGCUCCAUGCCGAAUUGAUGCGCUUGUGCAAGUCCUACAACCCAGAUUCAAAGCUAGUACUUUAUGUGGCUGUUUGUGUAGUAAGCGAAGUACCUACUAUGGGUGCAGUCAGAUGGGAACGUCAGUUGGUUUCUCGAUGUGCCAAAAUACGUUUAGCUGGUUCUUGCAAAGAGCCCAAUGCAAUUUUGGUCACGUCAAACGUCCAACAGCACCAACAACAGCAACAGUCUGAAAGACAAACGUCACCGUGCAACAUAACUCGAGAAAUGGACUCACCAGAAACACUAGUAUUGACCUCAUUUCCUGGAACAAAUGGUCAGAACACCCCGCAACGAGCUCGAGAAAUAAGUUUCACAAAUAUACAAAGACAACUGAGACUCAGAGGCGUUUCUUUGAGAAAACACUUUCCACAAGUAUACAGAAAGCUUUGCUCUUAUGUCGAUGGAUCCGUUGAUAAGUUUGCACCAGUUACCAUCUACCCGCGUGAUCAGGCAUCUGGAAAGAGCUUCAUGUGCAUCAUUAUGCUAGAUGCUGAACCUGAACGGCUUCAGCUACUGCCCACAGACUCUUCAAGGGUCAGAACAGUCGACAUCAGUAUAGAACAGGAGUAAAGCAAUUCAGGGGAUUGAAUUUUCUUUUUUUGAUGAAAUCCUUUUCACAAUGAGAUCUUCCACUCUAUCUUCUUUCGCAGAUUUGUUUGUGAGAUAUUCAUAAAAUCAGCUGAGCUCUUUUCACGAUUAUCUAAGUACUGGAAAAAUAGAAUUAGAGAGGUUCAGCUCUUCCCCCGCUGCAAGUUAUAAGCUUUGUAAAAUUGAUCGACAUGAUUCGUUUCUUAAGUACAGUUUAUCUGGAGCACAUGUCGCAGAUCUUAAACUAUCCAGGUAAUUCAAAUUCACAAUCAUUUCGAAUCGGUAUAUUUUAUUCGAAACGACAGCUGCUGGUCAGGCCGUUUCUGUAAAAAAAAAAGAAUCCCUUUCCAAAUAACAACUUGAUAAUAAUUUAUUCAACUCUAAACAUGAGAACAAUGGAAUUAACAAAGCAGGAAAUUUGCUCAAAUAAUUUUUUUCCUUACCACAAAUACAGUGCAACUAAUUCUCUAUUGACACAAAGGAUUAUUCUAUAAAUUUACAUUCUGCAUAUCCUAAAGUCGUUGCAUUAAAAGCGUUUAACUGCCAAUUUGAUGUUCGACUCUAAAAAAAACAAAAAAUUAAAACUAUCACAUCAGCGGGCAACUACCUAUAUUCUUUAGAAGCCAAAUAGCAGUGGUUGGUACAUACGAACAUGUGUUUUUUACUUCGGACAAUUUACCUUCAGCUCUAUCUGUUUAUUUCUAUCGAAGAAGUUGAUUUCAGUGUAGGCAACGAUUCGGCUCAUGGAAUAACUGUGGACGAAAAUCACUCAUAUUCCCAUGUAUGGUGGUUCAUUGAUCAUGUCCACACUACGAAAAUAUAAUAAGCUGCGAGUAUAGAAGGUAUAUCUGUUAUUACUAUUACCUAGUAACAACAGUGCAAGAUAACGAUUAUUCUUAUAUGGUAGAUCUAUGAAAUCCUAGAAAUAUAUCUUGCAAGAUGAAUUAUUGAAUUACUCAAAGUUAUGUACUACUAUGAAUAGAGUUUAUUAAUUCAAAAGUUUCAUUUAAAGAUGAUGUUUCUCUAUUCAGAUAAUAUUCGUCAGUUAUCAACUAAAAAGAUGUUGCUGCAUUUCCGUAACAUUAUACUAACAAGAAAUAAAUCAAUGAAAUAAAGGAGCAAUCUUCAAAAUCACAUAGGAUUCGGUGAUCUUUAAAAAAACAAAAACAUGUAACUCAGUUAUUAUACAUAUACUGUUAAAAUUCUUCAUAGUUUCUUUAUCUAUCUAUAUAACAACGUUAGACUAUAUUUAUUAUGUAUAAAUAGUUACUUUGAUCAAGUACUGAGAGCAUCAUAUUAAUUAUAUAUACACGUACAUAGUAUAACUUAUACUUAUAUACAAAGACCCACAAGGUAUUAGGCAUGUAUAUAGGUAUGCAUGUAUUAUAUAUAGUAUAUAUAUUUAUAUAAUAUGUUGCCAUCAACAAUUUAUUCCUGUUAUCUUGGUCAGCUCUUGAUAUUACUUAUACAUAUAUAGUAUAUGUAUAUCAUAGAAGUUGAAAAUAAUUCUAGAAAGUAUAUCGUAUACUAUACUAUAAUUAAUCAAUAAUUCGACUUUCUCUCGAGCUUGGUAUAAUAAUUGUUUAUUUCUAUAGGGUAAAACAUCAAACCAAUAAUCAAGAUGGUUGGUUUGCCAGCGAUUAUUUGAUUGUGAGUGCUGCAGAUAAAUCUACUGAAAUGAUAAAUAAAAUACGCUUAUCCUUAGGGUAUACAUCAGGAGUAGGCAAUUCAGUACUAUUUAAUUGACGUGGAACCAGGUAAGCCACGUUGUAACUACCGAAUAUAAUAGAUGUGCAACGUUUUCUAUCAGAAUUUGUAAAUAUUUAUGAUAUCGAUACCGUGAUUCAUACAGUGCUUUAAGCCAAUUCAAGAUAUAACGAAUCGACGAUCGUAUGAAACCUGAUGGAGUCAUGAGUGAUUGCGCAUCGCUAAUGUACACGUAGUUGUUGUAAUUUUAUCUCACGUGCUGCUGUUUUUUAUGUUAGAAAUGGUGAAACGUACGUGUCAUUUGUCUUGGGUUUUAUCUAUGUUGGUAUAAAGUUUCAGACCUUUGGCAAUUUCUUCUAGUUGAUUUGAUGAUUCAAUUUGUAUUUUUAUAAAACCUGAAUUAUGCCUCAUGACUUUGACCGAGUCAAAUUGAGAUUGUAGAGUCUGGAAAAAGUCGAGGAUUUGUUCUUCUUAUUUCAUCCUAUAGUCGUCACUCGGAAAAUUGAAAAAGCCGUGAUGAGAAAUUCGAUAAAAAAAAGUUCUCAUAAUUUCUGAAUCAUGCAUUAUUCCAAUACCAACGACCGUGUGAGGUUCCAAAGCUCAAUGAUCAAUGGACAAAUUACGAUACUCUGAUCUUUCACUGUUACAUAAUGAUAACUCUAGUAUGAUAUUUAGAAAAAAUACCGGCGGUGACUGGGUUAAUUAACUACAUGUGCCAAAUCAAUGAGGAGUGGAGACAAGCGUGUAGCAUUGUUGAAAAUAUAUUAUAAUCAACUUUGCCAAGGUAAUUGAAGGAACGUUGUGAUUUUGUUAAUCACGUUCUCUAUCCUCAGAUACAAAAAAUCUUACAAUUAGUCUACGAAUCACAGAACGCCACGUUUGUAAUAUAUAAAAUUAAUCAUCACAAUAUUUCUAACGUAUAUCAAGCGGUUGAAAACUGCAGGUAUAAAAAAUGAAACCAAAAGUUCGUAUCCCCUCAAAAUACACAACAAUAGAAAAUAUUUUGUAUAGAAUUCUUCUAAUGCUCGUAUUGGAAUAAAUAACACUUUUCAAAUUUAUCGAUAAUCGACUAACCACCUAAAAUUCGGACUAAAUUAUCAUUGAUAUUAAUGAAUCAUAUUAUUUUCGCACUUGAGAUAUUAAAGGUUGUUCGCAUUAUCUCAUUCACAAUUUUAUUUACAUUCAAUCGAUCGGUGCUAUUACGUACUACCAUUGUUUUCGCAUCUAUGUAUGACUCAAUUUUUCAAAUAAAACUUUAAUUUUAUUAA